AUAAUCAAUCAACCUUUACUAAUAACAAUAAUAAUUUCAAUUCAAAUUCGGCUAAUAAUAAUAAUAAUAAAUUGUCAAAGAUACCGAAGCAGCAAACUAUAAUCAAUAUUCAAUCACUACAAGAACAACAACAAUCAUCAUCAUCAUCAUCAUCAACAACAUCAUUGGUUGCAUCGAAUGAAAUGUGUUUCUUUUGUUUCGAUGUAUUAUACGCACAUCUUUAUCAUAAACAACCGCCUGGCCGGCCUGAUUUUACUAAUAAUUCUUAUCCAUUAUUUGUUACAUGGAAAAUUGGUAAUGAAAAACGUUUACGUGGUUGUAUUGGUACAUUUACGGCCAUACCACUUCAUAAUGGUCUACGAGAUUAUGCAUUAUCAAGUGCACUGCGAGAUAGUCGUUUUAAACCAAUAACCAAGGAUGAAUUCAAUAGACUGCAUGUCUGUGUUUCAUUAUUGUUGAAUUUUGAAGAUGGUAAUGAUUAUAUGGAUUGGAUAAUCGGUGUACACGGAAUUCGUAUCGAAUUUCGUAAUGAAAAUGGCAUGAAACGUACGGCAACUUAUUUGCCUGAAGUGGCCAUUGAACAAAAUUGGAAUCACUUACAAACCAUUGAUUCAUUAUUACGUAAAGGUGGAUAUCGUGGCCAGAUUAAUGAACAGAUACGAAAAGAUAUUCGAUUAACACGUUAUACAAGUGAAAAGAUUUCCAUCAGUUAUCAAGAAUAUCAUAGUUUUUGGAUCACACAAAAUAAUGAUACAUUUAUGGCAGCAAAACUUUAUUAUUGAUAUAUAUAACAGAACUGAAUGGCUAAAAAUCAAUCAAUUAAUCAGAUGGAGUUUUCUCGCAUUAUAACAAAAAAUAUUACACACAAAAAAUAUUUCACAUACACAACUCUUUAGUGACAAUGUUUUUUUUUGCUCUUUUUCCAACUAACUCGAUUAAAACGUGCAAACAUAUUUUUGUAAUAACUGUAUAAACACACACACACAGACACAAAUGACAUUUACAAUCUCGCAGUAAUUCAGCACAUAAAUUCACAGAAUAGAAAAACAUGAAUUCUAUUGCCAAAUUCCAAUUUUGUUUUUGUUUCUUUUGUUUUUUUU